UAGUAGGUAAGUUGACCUAGAUAAGACAAAAACUCUCUGGCAAACUUCACUCUUGAAAUACUGAUUGUAUCAAAAUAAACGUCCAGUAAGUCACCUUCGCAUUUUUAUUUCGCUUUAAACACAGCUCUAAAACAGUAUUCCAAGUGAAAUUGUCGAAUUCAUUUCUCAGAAUGGGUGGCUUUGAAAAGAAUGAUCUACUUGGAUGUUUCACCGACUUCAAAGUGUGUCUCUGUGUGUUUUUGGUCCCUUGCUACGUUCAAGGAAAGAUUGCUGAGACCCUGGGCAAGAGCUGUCUGCUCCAUACCCUCUGCUUCUUCGUGCCCAUCUUGAAUAUAGUAGACGCUACGUGCAUCCGCAGUGAAGCGAUAGGGGAGAAUGUUAUAUUGAGUUUCCUGGUGAUUUCCAUGUGCUACCACUUGGCCAUCUGCCAAGAAGCCAGAGUGAAGGGGGCAGACCUGAUGGCAGGCGACCAGACAGCUGUGGCCAUGGACAGAGCCUGAAUAAAUCUCCAGUCAGAGAACAUGAGAAACGGAGAGAAUGUAUGCUAGAGACAAAGUUUAUAAGUCUAAAACUGAUAUAUGAUCGCUUAAGUUAACUAAUGCAAAAAAAGCUAUGCGAUGGAUUACAUUAGCAAUCAAUUAAAAGCUAACACUCGCUUCACUUGAGUUAAAAUAUAAGUCAAG